AUGAUCCCCUUCACCCCCUCCCUCUCCAGCACAAUCUCCUCUCCACAAGGAACAUACCACUACUCCUUCUCCCGUCUAGGCCCCUACCUCUCAACCAUAAGUUCCGACGACCAAAUCCGCGUAUUAGAUCCCACAACCCUUUCAGUAAUAACCUCCACAACUUCCCCUUCCCACCCGGAAGGUGUAACCUGUCUAUCAUGUCUUGACGAAAACGACCCAAACCUAUUAUUUACAGCUGGGAGAGAUGGGACCGCGAAAUUAUGGGAUUUGAGACAGGGGAUGGGGAGAGCUGUGGCCGUGUUUAGAAAGAAUGGAGAUCCUAUAUUGUCUUUGGCGGUUUGUAAGAACAGGGGGCUUUUAGCUGUUGGGACUGAGUUGACGGGGACGGCGGCUGAGGUUGUUGUUUGGGAUCUUGAAGGUCGAGAGAAAAUGUCUUAUGUAGAAUCGCAUAACGACGAUGUCACUCAGCUCGCCUUCCACCCUUCAAUCUCCUCCCUCCUCCUCUCCGGUUCAACAGACGGUCUAAUAAACAUCUACAACAUGACAAUCCCCGAAGAAGACGACGCCCUCCACCAAGUAAUAAACCACGGUUCCUCAAUCCACCACGCCGGUUUCCUAAACGACUCCACAAUAUACGGUCUAUCCCACGACGAAAGCCUAUCCGUUUACAAACUCGCAGACCCGAAUGAUGACGUUGAAGAACCCAGACCGGUGGUAUUCGGUGAUGUAAGACAGAAAUUGGGCUGUGAUUAUGCUGUUGAGGUGUUAUUACGGGGUAGGGAGAGUGCUGGAACUGGUAUUUUGGCCGUGGGUUCUCAUAGUGAAGGAUGGAUUGAUUUGCAUUCUUUGAAUGUGGAUAGGACGGGGACUUGGGCGUUGGGAGGGGAGGACGUGGUUAGGUUGGUGGGUGGGCAUAGAGGGGAGGUUGUCAGAUGUCUGUACUUGGAUGAUGUGAAUGCAGUGGUGUUUACUGGUGGAGAGGAUGGACUGGUAAAAGCCUGGAGGCCGAGUUCUUGA